AUGUUACAGAUGUUUACAUUAUAUGCCGUAGUUAUAUUAGGUGUAGCUUUUGCCUCUGGGCAAAUGCAGGAGCUAGACGGUGAAUGGGAACAAUUUAAAACAAAAUUCAACAAAAAUUACGACGAUGAUGAAGUUCAGAGACGUUUGACAUGGGAAGACAACUUCGAUUUCAUUAAUGAACAUAAUCGACAGUUUUCUGAUAAUGAAGUUACUUACCAAGUUGCAAUGAAUGAAUUUGGUGACAUGGAUCUUGAAGAAUUUAUCAGCACUAUGACCGGGUUAUUAUCAAGCGAUGAAAAACCAGAGGAAAAAGAAUUUGUUGAUGUAGAAGGUUUACCAAAGGAAGUUGAUUGGAGUAAAAAGGGAUAUGUAACACCGGUUUACAGUCAGGGUCAAUGCGGAUCUUGUUGGGCAUUUGCAGCUUUGGGAUCAUUAGAAGGUCAACAUUUCAAAGCCACUGGUAACCUUGAAACAUUAUCAGCUCAAAAUCUUAUCGAUUGUUCUGGUCCGGAAGGUAAUAUGGGCUGUAAUGGUGGUUUGAUGGACCAGUCAUAUAAAUAUAUAGAAGUUAAUAAAGGAGUCGAUACUAAUUUGUCCUAUCCUUAUGUUGGUCAGAAUGGAAAGUGUCACUUUACACGAAGUGGUGUUGGUGCAACUCAGAAGAAUUUUGUUGAUUUGCCUAAAGGUGACGAGCUAGCUCUUCAGAAAGCAGUGGCUGAGAUUGGACCUAUUGCUGUUGCUAUUGAUGCCCAAGCUCAAGGGUUCCAGUUUUAUAAAAGUGGUGUUUAUGUAAAUAAAGAUUGCAGUCCUGCUAUUCUAUGCCAUGCUGGUGUAGUCACGGGAUAUGGUGUUCAAGACGGUACUGAUUACUGGAGAUUUAAAAAUAGUUGGGGAACCAGCUGGGGAAUGGAUGGUUAUAUGUUAACAGCUAGAAAUCAUAAUAAUCAGUGUGGUAUAGCCUCUCAAUCAAGCUACGCUAUUGUUUAG